UAACUAAAAAACUAGAAAUGACUUACUCGUAUGUUUAACGAGAUAUAAAUCGCGAUCGCUAUCUUUUUGGACAGUAUUUUCAGUACAUUCCAAAACUAAAAAAUAUCAACUAAAUACAAUUUAGUAAUGGAGUAUUUCAAAGCAAACUAUCUUCUACAAAACAAUGGAACCGAAAAGACCGAUUUCCAAAACUUCGAGCCCAUGAUGUACCAGGAAGUUAUAAAUAACCAAGAGUUUCCCAACUACUUCCAAAUGUUCUACGACUAUAGAGCACCGCCUGACCACCAAAGCCAGGGUCCGGAAGCUUAUCCUGAAGAGUGGGAGUGGCAGUGGGGGGAACCGGUGCUCGUGAAGGAGGAACAUGUUCCUUCGCAUGAAGAAAACAUUGGUUUCAGCGAGGAAGAAAUGCGUUCUCCUUCGACAGCGGGUCGCAAAGAGCGCACCGCAUUCAGCAAGGCGCAAAUUCGAAGUUUGGAGGCAGAGUUCGAGCGCGCAAACUACCUGACGCGUCUGAGACGAUACGAGAUCGCAGUCGCACUACAUCUCACUGAGAGACAAGUAAAAGUUUGGUUUCAAAAUAGAAGAAUGAAAUGGAAAAGAACUAAGGGGAUUUCAAAGCACAUAAAGAAAAAGGAUUCAACAAAGGAAUCAAAUAUGGCUGCGUUAUAAAAUAA